GGUAGAUGCUGGCAACUUCGGAGUCCGACAGUCAUGGCGACUUUGUCCUUUAUCUCCUUGGCUUCCUUUCACAAUAGGAAUCCAAUGUUCUACCUUCACCAUCAUCAACAGCCGCAACUUCUUUUUGUUCCCCACUUGAAGAAGAAGAAGAAUGCUUUCAUAUGUUUCGCUUGUUCCAUCAAACAAACCAGAGUUCGUAAGAGAGUGAAGAGCAACGAGGAGCUUCGGAGUGAGAUUCUGGAGUUCGUUGCUUUGGCUGGGCUUCCUCCAGGUCACGUCCCCUCCAUGAAGGAACUCACUGCACACGAAAGAGUUGAUCUUGCAAACGUUGUCAGACGAAGAGGAUAUAAGUUCAUCAGGGAGCUUCUUGCUGACUCUGAAGACUGUAAUGAGCUUACAAGUUCAAGUGGCGUCUCUUUGGAAGAUUCUUUGACAGAAGGUCAGGACUACGGAAGCUUGUCUACGGAACCACCUUCAAGCAGUGAGAUAGACUCUACUGCAACAGAUGCUAGUGUCUCUCUUGAUCAGAUAACACGUAACUUUACAGAGGAAGUUGAUGUAGCGAGUUCAAGUCCCGAGUCUGAAGAAUAUGGAAGUGUGAGUCAAGAUGAAUCUUCAUUGGCUGCAUUUUCAGACUUGGGUGACAGUAGUUAUUCAGCAGAAAGUAAUUUAGAGAGUGAGAGCGUGGAGCUCAGUAAUGCAGCUGACACUGAAUCCUCUUCUUCCGAAGCUUCAACAUCCGAAAACCAUUCUCUGGUUUUAGAUGAUACUUCAAGCUGUUCAGAGAGAGAAGCUGACAAUGUUUUGGUGGCAGAGGAGGAUUUGGAGGUCAAUGAUGUGGAUGAGGAAUCCUCUCUUACCUGUGAUCACUACACCAGUCAAGAUUUAAAUCACACCAAACUUGUUGAAAGUGUUGAUACUGAAUCCUUGUCUGGCGAGAACACCAUGGCAAAUGCAGAGAACUUUCAGAAUCAGCAGAUGGCUGAAAAUCAUUCUGACGAUAGUGUAGUUGAGCCUGAUCAUAAUGAUUGGACAUUAGGACUUUCUUCUUCAACUUCAAGCAUAGAAGAAAAAACAACCAGAUUUAUCCAGAACGGGUACUUGGAUACAGUUGAUGAUAAUGUAGAUGACACACCUAAUGAAAGCAGUCCUGAAGAAACAACAAAAGGUGAUGAGUACAGUCAUGUUGGUCAGAGAAGUGUGAGUAUGACGCCAAAUGGAAGUGCCGUAGCAUAUGAGGUAGCAUAUGAGGAGGUUACCUAUGCGACAGAAGCUAAUAACUCUCAAAGGAAUAGUGAUCAGAGACAUGGAAACGCUGAACUGGACAAGGAUUCACAUGAUGAGACAAUGAAACGGGAAAAUCAGGUUGAAAUUACUCGGCUGAGGUUCAUGCUGCGUCAAAAAGAGCUGGAGCUGUCAAGGUUAAAAGAGCAGAUUGAAAAGGAAAAGCUGUCUCUUUCGGUUCUUCAAAGAAAAGCCGAAACAGAGAUACAAAAGGCCCAAAUGCUUGUCUCACAGAAGGAUGUUGAGUUGCAAGAAGCUGAGGAAAGUCUCUCAGGACUGCAAGAGGUUGAGAUUGAAUAUUGUGGAGAUGGUAAUGUUGUGGAGGUGACUGGCAGCUUCAAUGGCUGGGAACACCGAGUGGGACUGGAACUUGAAACGUCCAAGUCAUCCGGGAAAGAGAAAUGCUGGUCAACAUUACUGUGGUUGUAUCCUGGUACUUAUGAGAUUAAGUUCAUCGUGGAUGGUCAAUGGAUAACGGACCCUCAAAGAGAUUCAGUUACAAGAGGACACAUCACAAACAACAUUCUCAAAGUAGACAGAUGA